AUGCGCCUGUCUCGGGCACCAGGCUCCCCCACACCGAAUGGCUAUUUCCUUGCCCAGCUCUACACUAUCAUUAUUCUAACGAUCUUGUCAUUGCAUGUUGUUGGCUUUGAGUUAGCGAAAGAAGACUUCAGCAACACGCAAGACCCAAGCUCUGGGGACAGUUCUUUUAUCGAACGUUACCUGCCGGAUUUCUUUGGAGCAGAUCGAAGCAUUAUCGGACGAGCUUCAGACGACAUUCAGAGUCUAUCCAAUAAUGCACCUGGACGAUUGAACAUUGAUCCUGGCAAGAGUCAAUUCUGGACGUUCCCCAAGACCGCUUGGCGACCUGGUCCUCCCAACCCAAGGUUGCCGUCUACCUUUGAUCAAUGUCAAUCAGGCAACUCUGGAGGGGUCGACCAACAUCCAGAGCUCAAGAAGAGGCAAGAAAGACAAGGAUUGUUCGUCACAAUCAACACAUGCGGUCAGCCAAAUCCUACCUCGCCAUCCGCGAGUACAGGCCCCGAUCAGCUGCAGCUUUAUAUUUCGACCUCUGCUGGGAAUCAGAGACCCGAUGCAAACAACCAUGAUCAUGAAGUUUCUGUAAGCGACGGGUAUGGGAGCACGAAUCCUAAUGACCCAAUAUCAAUCUCUGGUGAUGUAUACAUCGGUGUGGCCGCGCCGGCCUCCAGCAGCGGCUUUUCGGGGAACUACAACUACGAAAUCACAGCUUCAAUUGACGAUCUCUAUGCGAAAACCAGCGAAGCGAUAAUUUCAAGAUUCGUAGACGGUGAUAAUCACGGAGCGAUCGUUCAUACGAACAAUGUUACAAGCUGCAAUGCGACGGGGAAUCCGGCAGUGUUCAGUUUCUGGAAAGACGGACCGCCGCCGUACAGCAUCUUUGUGUCAACCCCGGACGACCCUCAGCUUCAGGGUCUGAGUAGGUCGAUGUGCGCUUUGAAAAGCAACGCCCUAGUAUCAGAGGCAACAGACGUAGAUCGGAGCAUCAUCAAUACCAAAGACGGCGGCCUGAAGCAGCAAUUCGUCGUCAAGUCGUUGAAUGCUAGCACUUCGUAUCUGGCAGUCGUAGCGUUGGAAGGCACAAGCGGAAAGUCUGACUCCAUCGGCGGCGGCAAAAUCAACGGCGGCGGCACUGUGUGGGGCUGGAGAAACUUCACAACCAAAAGUGCUGAUACUUGCGCACUCUUGACUGGUCUUGAGUUUUGCUCUGACGUUGCAUAUGCGGUGCCAUACAAUCCAGAUACAAUUUCAGAUCUAGCGAGUCUAUCGAGAUUCUAUGACGACCAAGCUAGAUCGCUCAACGAAAAUUUCGUCAAAUCCAUGGCCCAGAUAGCAUGUGACACCACAGCAUCUGCACAAUAUUCGCUGGCCGUGACCUGCGACGAUUGUAAAAGAGCCUACAAAGAUUGGCUUUGUGCGGUGACAAUUCCACGUUGUGAAGACUCCUCCAAUGAUGGUGAACAUCUUCAACCUCGCGGUGUCAGAUUAGACGGUCCUUUGUACAAGCAGGGAGAUGAGAAGCGACUGUCUAUCAACCGUAGCCGCAACCCGCUCAUAGACGAGAAGAUCCAGCCAGGAACAUACAAAGAGCUCUUGCCAUGCCAGGAUCUCUGCUAUGAUCUUGUCCGUAGUUGUCCGGCUGCGUUGGGCUUCUCGUGUCCCCUGGAACGGGCAUUCACCUUCAACCUACGCCGCGACGGUUGGAUCACUUUUGAAGCAAUGGGCCGGGAGGAUUUGAUGCCUUCAAAGGAUAACAAAGGGAAAUGCGAUGACAAAGCAGAAAGGCAAGCCCAAUGA